AUUGCGUGCUGGAUUUCCGAAAUGUCGAUCCCUUUUAGUGGUACUCGUUCACGUUCAAAAGGAGUCAUAAGUGCAAUUGCAAAACACUUGAGAAAAUUGUCUCUAAAGCCAGUAAAAUCUAUUAGCAUAAAGUUUGAUCCCUUCGGUGAUAAUGCUCUACAAACGAGAGACUUUUUCUUUCACAUCACAACUCCAAAGAUUAUUGCAACAAAUCCGCGCUGCAGUGUGAAACCACAAAUAGUUUCUGAUCUGUCUGAGCCCCUAGUUACAUUUAAACUCUUAUCAGGUGAUAGUGUGGUAAUCAAAAGUACAAAUUUGACAUCUCUGAAUAUUUUGGAACUUUACAAUAAACAUAUCACACCUUUAUCCCCACCUGAUCCUGAAACUGAAAGUGAAAUACCAGCUGAAGAGAAGAAAAAGAAGAAACGCGGAAAACUCAGACUUAAACGAUGGUCCAAGAAUAGAGGAGUAUUCUUAUAAGUUUAUUGGCAACUUAACAGUUUUCGUAUAUAUUAGUAAUUUUGCAAAUAUUGAAGUAUAACUGGGCAUGAACAUAAAUAC